GCCUGGCCUGCGGGCAGCACGGCCCGUUUGGCCAGAUGUGCUUCAAUCUCUGAGUCUGAGGCGAGUCCGUCAUCCGACUCGAGACAUCUGAUCUCACCGGGGCCCACGCCGAAACCCUCUCUGCCCUCUCUCCUUCCUCCAGAUAGAGCCGCCGCCGCCCCUCCGCGUCGAUCUCCGUCGCCGCUUCCCAAUCCCGCUCGCCGCGCCGCCCCUACGCGUCGAUCUCCGUCGCCGCUUCCCAAUCCCGGUAUCCGCGCCGCCCCUCCGCGUCGAUCUCCGUCGCCGCUUCCCAAUCGCCGCUCACCAUGUUCAAGAAGUUCUCCUCCGAAGACAUAUCCGGGCAGAAUCAGGUCAAGGCGUCCGUGCAGCGGAGGAUCCGGCAAAGUAUCGCGGAAGAGUACCCUCUCCUUGAACCUUUGCUGGAGGACAUGCUUCCAAAGAAGUCGCCUAUGAUUGUUGUCAAAUGCCAAAAUCAUCUCAAUCUUGUGGUGGUGAACAAUGUCCCACUCUUCUUCAACAUCCGUGAUGGUCCAUACAUGCCAACCCUGCGCCUUCUUCAUCAGUAUCCUAACAUCAUGAAGAAAUUCCAAGUGGACAGAGGUGCUAUCAAGUUUGUUCUCUCUGGUGCCAACAUAAUGUGCCCUGGACUGACAUCGCCUGGUGGUGUGCUGGACAAUGAAGUCGAGGAGGAAACACCAGUGGCUAUAAUGGCUGAAGGCAAGCAACACGCGUUGGCAAUUGGAUUCACAAAGAUGUCAGCGAAAGACAUAAGCACCAUCAACAAAGGAAUUGGAGUUGACAACAUGCACUAUUUGAAUGAUGGCCUGUGGAAGAUGGAGCGGCUCGAGUAAGUAGUAUCGCUAAGGGAAGCAGAAUUCGCGGCAAGGCCAUAUGGAACUGUAACUAGUCGCAUCAUGUGUUGUUUUCAUAUGGGAGAAACCUGAAUCUAGGCGGAUGCUUUAGUUGGUACUAUGCUGCCGCCGAGAUCCUUGUAUGAUACGUGACUGUAUCGCUCAUCAUUCACACUUUUACCAAUAACAGUUCAGAAGAAAGCCGUGUUUUUUAUGAGGCCAGCGAAAACAGAAAUAUACACUGUAUUUGUGUUUUGUAUAAGGCAUUGCCGCAACCUGAUUUGAUUUGAUUUGAUUUCUGGAGGUAAUCCACAUUGAUGUAACAAAA